CCCCUAACCCCCUAACCCCCUAACCCCCUAACCCCCUAACCAGAAACGAAAGCCAACCGCACGAUGUGGUGGCCACCUUCUUGUUCGUAUUGGUGUCAGCAUGAAACGGCCGCUCCGGGAUAACAAGCCGGUCGGAGUUCCUACAUUCCCGCCUGCGGGCACAGCGGAAGACCUUCGGCUGGGAGCCCUGCUCAGGUCUCGACCGCCCGCUGCAUCAGGAGGUGGUGCCGUGUCCAAAGAGCCCUACCAUACGCAGCAGACCAAUGACGUGUACAAUCUGUAG